AGUAGUAAGAAAAUGCUGGGAUCAGAACGAGGUGUUGUAGAAGAAUGGCUGUCAGAAUUCAAGGCAUUACCUGAGACACAAAUUUCCAGCUAUGCAGCUACAUUGCACCGAAAAAAAACACUGGUACCAGCUCUUUAUAAGGUCAUUCAAGACCCAAAUAAUGAGCUCCUGGAGCCUGUUUGCCACCAGCUCUUUGAACUUUAUCGUAGUUCUGAAGUUCGACUCAAGAGAUUCACACUGCAAUUUUUGCCAGAGUUGAUCUGGGUAUAUCUGCGUCUUACUGCCAGCAGGGACAGGCAGAGUAAUGGUUGCAUUGAAGCAUUGCUGCUUGGCAUUUACAACUUGGAAAUUGCUGACAAAGAUGGAAACAACAAAGUUUUAUCUUUCACCAUCCCCUCAUUAUCUAAACCCUCAAUAUAUCAUGAGCCCUCUACUAUUGGAUCCAUGGCUUUAACUGAAGGAGCUCUAUGUCAGCAUGAUCUCAUCAGGGUAGUUUACAGUGAUCUUCAUCCUCAAAGAGAAACCUUCACAGCACAGAACCGGUUUGAGGUGCUGAGCUUUCUUAUGCUGUGCUACAAUUCUGCUAUUGUCUAUAUGCCUGCCUCUUCUUACCAAUCACUUUGUAGGAUGGGUUCCAGGCUGUGUGUGAGUGGAUUUCCACGGCAGCAUGAGAAACGCUGGAAAGAACACUGUGGUAGAGUGGUGUUAGACCCUGACUUCAUGGUGCAGCUGCUCACAGGUGUCUAUUACGCCAUAUAUAAUGGUCAGUGGGAUCUUGGCCAGGAGGUAUUGGAGGACAUAAUUUACAGAGCACAGCUAGAACUCUACUCACAGCCUCUGCUGGUUGCAAAUGCCAUGAAGAACUCGCUGCCCUUUGAUGCUCCUGAUGCUUCACAAGAAGGCCAGAAGGUACUAAAAGUAGAAGUUACUCCGACAGUGCCGAGGAUUUCUCGGACUGCUAUUACAACAGCUUCUAUCCGUCGUCAUCGCUGGAGGAGAGAAGAUGGUGAAAGUGUAAAUGGAAGAGAGGAAUCUGUGAACCUUAAUGAUGCUGAUGAAGGAUUUUCAUCAGGAGCUUCCCUCAGCAGCCAGCCAGUUGGGACCAAACCUCUAUCAUCUGUAUCCCAGAAGGGCAGCUUAAGGAAAACAGCAAGUGGCCGUUCUGCUAAGGAUAAAGAAACCUCUUCUGCAGCAAAAUCCAAUGAGAGCCCUCGAGAUUCAGUAGCUCGGAAGCAGUACAUGCACCAAUCCACUGACCUUGGUGCAGAUAUAAUUGAGAUGACACCUACUAAGAAACACCUCAGCCUGCCUGCUGGGCAGGUGGUGCCAAAAGCCAACAGUUUGAGCCUGAUCAGGACCGCCAGUGCUUCCUCCAGUAAAUCAUUUGACUAUGUGAAUGGCAGUCAAGCAGGCUCCAGUGUUGGAGCUGGUACAGAGAGUGUUACCAAUCUAGCAGCUGGCAACACCAAUCGGUUUUCAACUAUCAGCCUACAGGAGGACCGACUGGGCCAAGCUGGGGAAGGUAAAGAUCUCCUUCCCCCAGGAGCUCCCCUAACCAAGCAGUCUCGAUCUCCAAGUUUCAAUAUGCAGCUGAUAUCCCAGGUGUAACUUUAACUCCCUUCCUUAGGACUCCCUCUUUCCCCGUAAUCCCCAGGCAAGUUCAUCCUUAGGCAAAACGUGAACCAUCAUCCUGCAGUGUGAAAAUACUGACUGUUGUGAUCUUGUUUGAUUUGGUUUAGCUGUCAUACUGUAUUACUGAAACAGCAAUAAUUCUUCCCUCACCUUCAUCCUCCCCCCGCCCCUCCCCUUGUAAACAUGGUUGUGAAGCAGUAUAUAAUGUACUGUAUGCCUUUUUCCAUGCCUUCCUUUCUCCUUGGGUGAUGUGCAAUCCAUCGUAGGCUGAUCAGUCCCAUUUCAACACUGUGAGACUGGAGACACCGGCGGAAAUGGUGAAUGUGAUCCCUAUGAGAUGAUGCUUUGGCUUUGUUAAGAAAUAGAAACGGGUUUGUUUUCUCGGUCUACAGUACUGCAAAGACUACUGGAUCAUGACUUUUCUUUCUCAGAACCAGGAGUGCCUCAGAGAUUCUAGUGUGACUUUGGACCUCUCUGAGUCUGUGCAAUCAAUUCUGGGGAGGGGAUUGUCAUUGCUGCUCCUGGCUGCGUACAGCACUUUUUUCAUUAAAAUGAGGGUAGUUUUUUCUUGCC